AUGGAGCUCUCGAUCGAGAAACUGAGAUCGCCCAGGCGGAGAUCAUCGUUCUCGAGUAGCUUCUUCCCGGAGGAUCAAGCUAGCAGCGCUUGCUCCACCCCAUUCGUGAGCGCCCCCUCCAGUCCCCGCUACUACUACAGCGCGCCACCGAGUCCUCCUCCUCUCAGGCAUGAUCUAGGCGGAGCGGAGGCGGCGGUGCCUUUCUCCUGGGAGGAGCGUCCAGGAACUCCAAAGUCAUCAUCGCCAACUUCUUCUUCCAGGACGACGAUGAAGAACUCGGUGGAUCAUCUGGCAGCCAUGGGAAUGGGAUUCCACUUCAGUGCUCCGGUGAGCCCCCAGCGAGGAGAAUUCGACCACCAGGUGAAUGGAGGAUUGAUCGACGAGUUUGAGUUUAGCUCCGCCAGGAUAUCUGACGCCGACUCGGUAGUCUCCCACGCCGAUGAGCUCUUCUUCCAAGGACAGAUCCUUCCACUCACGCUUCCCAGCCGCUUACAGCACCACAAGUCCAUCUCUCUUCAGCUCCAGGAUUUUAGUCCACGGACGAGUGAUGUCUUUAGCCCCGGAGCAGCGCUGUCCAGCCACCAGCUUCCAUCUCCAAAACCGCUGCUCAAGUCACCACCCCGGCUAUCCUCGCCUUUGCAAUCUCCGCAUCGAUCCAGGUCGCCGUCCAAGCUUGCGAAGGUUGGCUUCCCUGACGAGAAUAGUUUUAGGAGCCGGUCUCGUCAUCCUCCACCAUCGUCUCCACGGAGAAGCUUGCGAGAGUUGCUCCACCUCAGCGUGAGCACCAAGUUCGCCAUCCUCAAGCCUUCCGACAGCCGGAGUGGCAGCAAGUCUUCAUCUGGAACCGACAGUAGAAGUGGCAGUCUCAAGUCCUCUGGAACUGACAGUAGAAGCUCCAGCAACUCCUCGUCGUCUCAGAGGUUCUCCAACUCGAGGAGCUCGUCCGUUUCAUCGAGCGGCGCGUCCAGGCAAGUCACUCCUGUGUCCUCGCGGGAGCUGCUCCAGAAUUACAGCAAGAAUCACAAGCCACAAGAAUUGAGAAGGAAGACGUUGCUACCUUACAGCCAGGGUCUUCUAGGAUGUCUCAGCUGCCUCACGGUGCCGUCCCUCCGACGCGUCCAGGAUCUCGACUAUUAA